AUGGCACAGGCGGCGCUGCAGCGGGUGGCCAGGGACUACCUGGAGCAGACGUCGCUGCACGGUCCGCGCUACCUCACACAGCCCUGUCCAGAGAGGCUGGUGUGGCUGGUGGUGCUGGCAGCGACCGUGUGGGGCGUGGUGGUGGUGAUCGUGGACGUGUGGCUGGAGUUCAUGCGGCGGCCCACAGUCACGACCAUCGACUCGACCACGUUCCCCAUCUGGCGGGUGCCCUUCCCGGCCGUCGCCGUCUGCAGCGUCAACAAGAUGAGCCUCGCCGCCUCCACCAGGCUCGCCGAAUCCCUGUCCGAGGCGUCGGGCGUGUCCGAGGCGGAGGCGCUCUCCCUGCUGCGGUACGCGGGCCGCCUCUACGACUACGAGAGCAGCGACCUGCACAACAUCGACGCGCUGCACCAGCUGCUCGGCCGCUCCUACAACGUCACCAGCGUCAUGCUACAGGUGGCGCCCACGUGCGAAGACCUGCUGGUUCGCUGCUCGUGGCAGGGCCGCCUCCACAACUGCUCGCAGCUGUUCAAGACCAGGAAGACCAUGGAGGGCUUCUGCUGCGCGUUCAACUACGUGCGCGGCAGCGACGACUUCAUCAGCGGGAAUUGAGAUUAUUCAAACGUAAAUCCGGGGAUUAAAGUGGACUCACCGGGCUACGAAAUGGGACUAACAGUUCUCGUGAACGACAACUUCUCCGACUAUUUCUACCCACUGAUUUCGUCAUCAGGCACCAAGGUGCUGGUGUUCAACCCGCGCGACUACCCGGACACGCCGAGCGGCAGCCUGACGGAGAAGCUGGUGCCGCCGGGCAGCGAGGUGUUCCUGCGGCUGGGCGCCACCAGCACGUGGAGCACGGAGAGCGUGCGCGGCUACAGCCAGCAGCGGCGCGGCUGCCUCUUCCAGAGCGAGCUGGCCGACCUCUUCGCCGGCUACUACUCCUACAGCGACUGCCUCAUGAACUGCCGCAUCAGCAGCAUCGCCGCGCUCUGCGACUGCGUGCCCUUCUACUUCCCUAGCAGGGGCAACACAAGAGAGUGUAAUGUACUGGACAUACAAUGCCUCUCAAAGUACAGAGAGAAGUGGCUGACGCUUCGGCCCACCGACGACAUCGCAGGCCUGGAGGCGGAGCGGGAGGACUCGAUAUCGUGCGUCGAGUGCCGGCCCGCGUGCACCGACACCGCCUACAGCCUGCAGUCCACCUUCUCGCCCAUCAUGGCCCACCACGACCACGGCUCCCAGCUCCUGGAAGGCAUCGAGCUGAAAAACCACAGCGUCUUCCACCUGUUCUUCGGGAGUUCCGAUUCUGUGCGGCUGAAACAUGACACACUGUACUACUGGUACGAUCUCAUGAGUAACUUUGGUGGACUUUGCGGGCUCUUCGUAGGCUUCAGCCUCAUCAGCAUAGUUGAAUUUUUCUAUUUCUUUACUAUACGUCUUUUCUACAUCAUUCAAGAAGAGAACAGCAAACGUUCAGCUCAAAAUGGAAACCAAACAUAUGACAGAAACAUGCUGAGCCGGAAUUACAGUUUAGCUGGUCAAGAUGGUGGAUCUGGCUCCUUGGGAAACUUUUUAGGACUUUUCUUGUAUGACUCAAAGGAAGUGUGUUUCCACCAGCAGAGAGACAGCACAGGUCAGGAUUGGUAUCAGAAUGCCACCUAG